UCACUAGGAUAUGGUGACGCCGCGCCGCGGAAUGAGCGGGGGCGCCCCGCCACAGCUGCCUGCACGCCACAGCCACCGCCCCGCCACUUCCGCCCCUCAGAAGCAUGGCGGCCCUGUCGCCCGCCGGGAUUGGGCACUGGUACCGCCCCUGGACAGGUGGCGACCGCUAUUGGCCGAGGCCGGGGUGACGUCAGGGGACGGGAGAGGGGCUGUGCCAGAGGGCAGCAUGCCGUCGUUUCGCCUUUUGCGCGCGGGGCUGUGGUUGAGUCGAGCCAUGAGCCGCUGCGUGUUGGAACCCCGGCCGCCAGGGAAGCGGUGGCUGGUGGCCGGCCUAGGUAACCCUGGACUGCCUGGCACGCGACAUAGCGUGGGGAUGGCGGUGCUGGGGCACCUGGCGCGGCGGCUGGGUGUGGCGGAGAGCUGGGCGCGCGACCGUCGCUGCGCCGCCGACCUCGCCCUGGCCUCCCUCGGGGAUGCCCAGCUGGUCCUGCUCCGGCCACGGCGGCUCAUGAAUGCCAACGGGCGCAGUGUGGCCCGGGCCGCAGUAACCAGGGCCACCAUUUCCCUGUGCCAAGCGGAGCUGUUCGGACUGACUGCUGAGGAGGUCUACCUGGUGCAUGAUGAGCUGGACAAACCCCUGGGGAAAUUGACUCUAAAGCUGGGGGGAAGCGCCAGGGGCCACAAUGGAGUCCGUUCCUGCAUUACCUGUCUCAACUCCAAUGCAAUGCCACGGCUGCGGGUGGGCAUAGGGCGCCCUACGCACCCUGACGCAGUGAAUGCGCAUGUGCUGGGCUGCUUCUCCUCCGCGGAGCAGGAGCUGCUGCCUCCAUUGCUGGAGCGUGCCAGCGACCUACUCCUGGAGCACAUCCGUGAGCGAAGCCAGGGGCCCUUGUUGGGCACCUGAUACCAACCAGUGGACACGGCUUCCUGCCUGACUGCCAUCCCCGCACACCCAGCCUCAUCCACAGAGGUGCCACGCCAACCUGUGGUAUUCACUUUUUAUAUAACUCUUCUGUGGGCUGCUCCAGGCCUCCUACAGAUUAAAGGGGGGACUGUAGCUGGAUUAGUCCGUUUCUGGGAAGGGGUUGGUCUUCUCUCUGUGUCUUACUUGGAAAGUAAGGAAACGUCAGGAAGACUAAACUUUUUGAACCUCUUUGGAGAACCAGAGGUGUGGAUCUGUAAGAUUAAAGACACUGGCUGAGAAGCUGAGGCCUCCUCAGGGAGUUCAAUCAAACUCACGCCCUGCCUGGGGAGGAGGGGCCCACGGGGCCCACAGGGCCCAGCAAGACCCCCUCCCAGAGGCUGUGUGGACAUGCUUUAGCGCACGGAGGCCUUGCCACACCUUUCUUUGGCCCAUUUCACAGAUGGGGAAAUGGAGGCUUAGAGAGGUCCAGCACAUCCCCAAGGCCACAUAGCUAU